AUGCCUGGGCCUCUGAUAUCCAUGGAUGGAGGCGUGAUGGAGAAGAUGCGCCAAGUAGGGCGCCCUAUAGCCGAAGGAUCUGGAUGGUUGCCCUAUCAUGAUACUGCCCUAUCUAAGCAAAUCUCUGAAGAGCUCAAGUUGCGAGCACUCUCCACUAACGCAGAUAUUUCCUUUAUCGGUUUUCAUCCACGCUUUCCAGACUUCAUGAUUGUAAUUGCUGGGCCACUUUUGUAUAUCUAUAACGCUCUUAGCGGCGAUUGUUUAUCUAUUAUCGAGAUAGUACCAAAGCAGGACCAACAAGCUCAGGGAAUGGGCGAGAGAUUCACAGUGCGAAGCGCUUGUAUCUGCUCUGAAUUGCAAUUAAAAACCCCGUUCGGACAGCAACCAUUGUAUGAAGUAUCGACCCCUGUAUUGAGCGUCUUGAUAGUGACAGAAGAGGCACCUCAUUACAUAAUAGUAGUAGAGAUCCCCACGGAUUACAAACGUGCAUGCAUAUCAGUUAAGCGCGUUUUCUGCUCUUGUGAGCCUGUUGAGAUUAUUAGUGAAAGUCACCCGUUCUCAUCAGUUGGUUCAGCGGCGGUGAAAUCUGAUCCGUCUAACCAGCAAGGUGCUGCAAUGAAGUCUGGGACAUCGUUCAUCUAUCUUGUAGAACCUCGAACCCUUACAGUAUGUCAAUUGAAUAGUAUUUCAGGCACUCGCUCGAUCAAGCCAGCGAGGAUAGCCUUUCCGAACUUAAUAUCUGUUGCUACUACCCCCAAACACGGCACAAUUGCUGUUGCAUCUGGUACAAGGGUUUACUUCAUCCACAUCGAUGAAAAGAUAGUGACAGAGCAUACCUCGGCGAUGGGGCAGAGAGGCGCUUCACAUGCAAGUAGGCACAGCCUUGAGCCCUCCAUAAUAAAGGUUCUAUCAUUUGAUGAGGCCAGAGAAUGUAAAGGAAUACAGAGAGUAUCUAUUUCUAACGAUGGCACUAAGCUACUUUUAGCGUUUAAAACUCACAUGGCAGUAUACCUAAUUGAUCAAGGAUUUGUACCUCGCGUCUCUACGGCCUCUUCUGGCCCCUCUGCUCAUCUGAUAGCCAGGGGAUCUGCUCAGGAAGCCAGACUGAUUGCUCGACUCCACUUUCCAGAAAUACCCCAUCUCCUGGAUGUAUUUAUGCGAACAAAUGAGUCAGCAGCUAGGAAUAACACGACUCCUUAUAUCCUAAUAGAUUUUGAUUUGGGUACUUGUAGACAGAUAGCAGACUCUUUUAAGAAGCAACCAGAUGGACGUCUCUGCUUCUCACACAUCUUUACUUUCGUUAGUAACCAGUACAUUGAGUGGAGCCCGGAUGAUAACGUGGUAGUACUGGCUAGCCUCAACGGAAUAGGAGACUCGAUAUAUUGGGACAUAUCGAAUAGGUCGACACCCCCAUCAGACCACCAAGAAGCAUGCGAUAUUGAUGGUGUAAUAUGGAGUCCCGGGAGUGUAGCUAAGUGUGGCCAAAUGGUCCGAAAGUGUUUCAGGUUUGUACCGGGCACUUCCAUGGUUGUUACAGCAUCCAACGGAUCACUGCUUACAUACCUGCCUAUACUACCUGAACUCUUAGAAUCACUGCCAUCAGACGAAAAUAUGGUGCAAUAG